GGUUACCAUGUGGUUGCCGUGGUUACGGAGAAGCACCGCAAGGCUGAGGUGGCUGUAUUGCGCGCGAUGUCAUGUGAUAUCGUGGUCGGGUACAGUGCCGCAGGACCCGCUUCAUGCAGAGCUGUAGCCGCCCGCCUGCACAAAUCAAUGAAAACUAAGAGCACUGUACUUGACAUGGAAUUGCUGAUCAAAGACCUUCCCCAGGCGCCAUUCGAGACGAUCGCAGACGAGAUCAUAUCACAAGCCAAAGCGCAAAACGGUGAACUGGGAAUGGUGGCUGCCUACGGCCCCUACUGGAGCAAAGUGCUGGAGAUAGUCAAUGCGAAAACACCACAAAACGUCACGACGAUCAAUGCACAGAUUGACAGGAGUGGAGAGGAGGACUCUGGUGUGGCCGAGGGCGUGUUCUACGUUUCAGAGAAGGACGCGUUCUUAACCUGCAGGAAGCUGGUAGAGGAAGAUGCGUUAAUGUGCGGGCCUACCUCCGCGGCCACCAUUUUCGCCGCUACACAGAGCGCCAAAUCGUUCAAGAGAGGCACACAGUGUUUAGUGAUCCUCAGCGACUCCAUCUUCCCACACACCAGCACUAUCCUCGACGAUCACUGGAUGUUGGAGAAUGGAUUUGUCUCCGACGACACCUCCGGCAACGAAGAGAAGUGGAGAGGUGCAGCUGUAG